AUGAGGAACCUCUUGAGGAUUCUUGGAUUCUUUUGCUUGUGGAUUACUGCUCAGGCUCAGACAAAGAUUCCACCAGAGACGGUGCAGCAGUGGGCGUCAGUGUUCUCUGUUCAACUUCGGGAAUUCACAACCAAAUACUCUGGCUCCUUGCUGCUGCAGAAGAAACUGAAGGAUGUGGAGUCCAUCAUUAAGAUCAUGGACCUGGAAGGAGAUGACUUGGUGAAGGACUACUCUGAUGAAAUUGAACGAAUGUUGGGAAGUAAGAUGAAGUCAGUGAAGACUGUCCUAAGAGUCAGUAGUAGAGUGUAAAGAACUAAUUCCUCUUGUCGUGUUUCUCAGUUUGAUUACUACAACUCCAUGCUCAUCAACACCAUGGACGAAGACGGAAACUUCGUGGAACUCGGCGGAGAGUUUCCCCUCGAGGAGAACGAACAUUUCAACAAACUGCUCGUCAACACUCAGCAAAGCAACAUCCAGAUUCCCACCAACGUUUACAACAAAGAUCCUAACAUCCUCAAUGCCAUCUACAACUCAGAGGCAUUGAAUGAUGUCUUCAUCAAUAACUUCCAGAAGGAUCCGACACUCACCUGGCAGUACUUUGGCAGUUCCACUGGCUUCUUCAGGAUCUACCCUGGUAUUAAAUGGACUCCAGACUCCAACGGCGUGGCAGCCUUUGACUGCAGGAACAGAAACUGGUACAUCCAGGCAGCCACAUCUCCGAAGGACAUCAUCAUCAUGGUGGACAUCAGCGGCAGCAUGAAAGGACUUAAGAUGACUAUCGCCAAACACACCAUCAACACCAUCCUGGACACACUGGGAGAGAAUGACUUUGUGAACGUCAUUGCUUACACUGACUACGUCCGCUAUGUGGAGCCAUGCUUCAAAGGCACUCUGGUCCAGGCCGACUUGGACAACAGAGAGCACUUUAAGCUGUUGGUGGAGGAGCUUCAUGUUAAAGGAGAAGCCAAGAUCAAGAACGCCAUGAAGGAGUCCUUCAAAAUUCUGAAUGAGGCGAGAGCAAAUGGUCAGGGCAGCAUGUGUAACCAGGCCAUCAUGCUCAUCACAGACGGAGCCAUGGAGGACUUUGAGUCUGUCUUUGAGGAGUUCAACUGGCCUGACCGCAGGGUGCGAGUCUUCACCUACCUGAUCGGCAGAGAGAUGACUUUUGCUCAAAACACCAAGUGGAUCGCCUGCAACAACAAAGGUUAUUACACACAUAUCUCUACACUGGCCGACGUGCAGGAGAAUGUCAUGGAGUACCUGCAUGUGCUCAGCCGGCCAAUGGUCAUCAACCACGACCAUGACAUCAUCUGGACAGAAGCCUAUAUGGACACUGUGCUCUUCACGACCAAAGCUCAGAGUCUGCUGCUGAUGACCUCAGUGGCCAUGCCAGUGUUCAGCAAAAAGAAGGAGACGCUGUCCCAUGGGAUCCUGCUUGGUGUGGUUGGCUCCGACAUCCCACUGAUGGAAGUGAUGAAGCUGGCUCCCAGAUACAUGCUCGGAGCUCACGGCUACGCCUUCCUCAUCACCAACAACGGCUACAUCCUGGCUCACCCUGACCUUCGACCUCUGUAUAAAGAUGGAAAGAAACUGAAGCCGAAACCAAACUACAACAGUGUGGAUCUGUCUGAGGUGGAGUGGGAGGAUACAGACGAGAAGCUGAGGACAGCCAUGGUGAAGGGACAGACAGGUGGACUUACCCUGAGCAUCAGAGCAUCUGUGGAUAAAGGGAAAAGACCUCUGUACCUCGUCAACAACUAUUUCUACACGAACAUUGAUGAGACACCUUUCAGCUUCGGCAUGGUGUUGACGAAGGGUCCGGGGAGUCUGAUAUUUAUGGGAAAUGUAUCUGUGGAAGAAGGGCUGCAUGAUCUCACCUCUCCAGACCUCAGUAUCGCUUCUGAAUGGACUUAUUGCGAGACGGACAUCGACCCUGCUCACCGAAAAUACACCCAGCUUCAGGCUGCUAUCCGUUACCUGCUGGGGAAGGAACCUGACCUUGAAUGUGACGAGGUGUUGCUGCAGCAGACGCUGUUCGACGCCGUGGUAACGGCUCCACUGGAGGCGUACUGGAAUGCCCUCAUGCUCAAUGACAGGGUGGAACCAGGGGUUGAGACAGCCUUCCUUGGUACUCGUGCAGGUCUGAUGAGGAUCGUGAGAUAUGCAGGAGUGGAGACCAGAGUAGCAAAGAAGUUCCUGACUGCAACUGAUAAAGACAACCUGUUCACCAUUGAUCACUUCCCUCUGUGGUACCGCCUGGCUGUGGAGAACACUCCUGGAAGCUUCUAUUACUAUCCUGUCAAUGACAAAGGAGUGAAGUAUAUCAUUGCAGCUACAUCCGUGACGGUGUCAUCUGAAGGAAAGACAGCCAUGGCAGGAGCUAUCGGGGUGCAGAUGUCCUUGGAUUUGCUGGAAAAGAGGUUCUGGGCCAUUGCCAAGCAGCCCAGCGACACCGAUUGCUCAAACAUUGAAGGUGUGUGUCCUCUCAGCUGUGAGAGCAUUGAUCUGAGCUGUUACCUGGUCGACAAUAACGGCUUCAUUGUGCUGUCUAAAGAGAGGAAUGAGGUCGGUCGUUUCUUUGGCGAGGUGGAUGGGUCUGUCAUGGCAUCGCUGAUCAGGAUGGAAAUGUACAAGAAAGUGUCUUUGUUUGACUACCAGGCGAUGUGUAAGAACAGCCAUCAUCAUGCCAGCAGUGCUCGUCCUCUGCUCAGUCCAUUCUAUGGCAUUGUGGCUCUGAUAAGAUGGUUCUUCUCCAAUGCACUCAUGUUCCUGCUGGACUUUAACUUCUGUGGUCUCUGGCACUCUGAUUAUUUUGUGGACGCUAAAGCUGGCUAUCACACAUCUCAUAAGCAGAAGAAGGUGGAGGCGCUACAACCUUGCGACACAGCGUACCCUGGCUUCAUGUACGACCCGUCUAUCAGAGAGGCCAACAGCAUCAUCAAGUGUGGACGCUGCCAAAAGAUGUUUGUGGUGCAGCAGAUUCCUGACAGUAACUUGGUUCUGGUUGUGACUCAGGCUGACUGUGACUGCUCUCGUCAGUAUGGAUCCAUCCUGCUGGAACCCAAAGAGAUCAAAUAUAAUGCCACAGUAAAGUGCAACAGGAUGAAAUCUCAGAAGGUGCGGCGGCGUCCGGAGUCCUGCCACGCCUACCACCCAAAGGUCAGUCCAGCCCCCUCAACACUGUGA